AUGUCACAGUCAUAUUCGAAAUCUCACGGAAUACGUCGACAGAUAUCGAGAAACAACUUGAAUGCUGUCAAUUUGGAUAAAAUAAGGAAGGAAACGAUUGGAAAAGAGAUGAAAUGUUUCCAACCGUACUCCAACUUCUCUACAAGCAAUCUGAUAACAGAUAAAAUUACGUCAUUUAAAGAGGAGCCAAUUGAAUUAGAUGAAGAAACGUUACAAAACAUUACCGUGACGAGAACAUUACAAAAUGCACGACGAACCAAAGAUCCAAACAUGCCUGAAACAUCAUCGGAUGAGUAUGGAUGGUUUGCCGAAUCACUGAUGAAAAAAGAACAGCCACUACUAGACCACAAACUAUUCGAACAUGGUAGAGUAAAAAGCGAUGUCAGUAGAUUCGUGGAGGAGCACAUAAAGGUCUUCAAAUCAGAUAUGAUGAGGAAUAUGGAUGGAGAUACGGCACGUAGACGGACUGCUGUGGCCGCAUCUGACACCAGGUCUAAUAAGUCGGUGCCCAGAUAG